AUAUUAUUGUGGUUAUUGGUAAGCCGCUGAGAAGUGAGACUCGCCGCCCUCGUUUUCGGACUUUCUGAAGUAUCUAUCUAUAUCAAAGUUCUAUAUUUUGUUACAUAAAAUUUACUAUAAAAGGUCGUUAUGGGUGAUCGUGGUAGCGGCCUGGGAAGGGCUCGCGGUCGAGCAGGCCGAGGUAACUUCGGAGAACAACAGCACAGACGACCGGGGGAGCGAGUGCGCCCAGCGCAAUCUGCUCCCUGUCCGGGCACAUCUGCGCCAAGACCUCAACCACCUAGUGCAUGGGGUCCGCCCAGCGUAGCUCCACACGUUAGAGCUGGAGUACCUCAACCAACUGAACCUGCUGGCAGAGCCUCUCAUCGUUCAACUCCAUCUACUCAUGCACACCCUGGAGAUGUAGAUGUUCAACAACAAAUGCAAAAUUUGGAUUUAGGAAGAAAAGAAUUAGGAGGUGGUGAUGCUGCAUCUGCACCUUCACGAGGUUCAUUCCGAGGUGGUGGAAGAAUUCUGCCAGAUCAAGUUCAAGUUCUUAGGACAAGACCAGAGGCAGUUACAUCAAAAAAGGGAACAUUUGGUACACCAAUAAAUCUACUAGCCAACUAUUUCACUGUGGAGACUACUCCUCAAUGGUGCCUUUACCAGUACCACGUUGAAUUUGAUCCAGAGGAGGAUCGCACUGGUGUUAGAAAAUCCCUUUUACGUCCACACACCAAAAAUUUUGGGGGAUGUCUUUUUGAUGGAACAGCACUGUAUACUGUGAAACGUCUACCUCAGAGUCCUAUGGAAUUUUACUCUGAACGAAAAUCAGAUGGGGAGAAAAUACGGAUUUUGAUCAAGCUGAUAUGUGCCGUCAGUCCUGGAGACUACCAUUACAUCCAAAUCUUCAAUAUUAUUAUAAGAAAAUGCUUCACCAUGCUGAAUCUUCAACUGAUUGGCCGUGAUUUCUUUGAUCCACAGGCUAAGGUGGACAUGCGUGAACACAACCUGGAAAUUUGGCCUGGAUAUAAAACUACUAUUAACCAAUAUGAGGACCGGCUUUUGAUGGUCACAGAAAUAACGCACAAGGUAAUCCGUUUAGACACAGUUCUGCAAUUGCUGCAUGUAUAUAACAAGACUAAAGGGCCUUCGUUCAAGCAUCAAUUUUGUCAAGAUUUGGGAGGUCAGAUUGUGAUGACGGAUUAUAAUAUGAAAACGUAUCGAAUUGACGACGUGUCGUGGGAAAGUAAUGUCCAAUCAACAUUCCGUAUGAAAGAUGAAAAUAUCACGUACAUUGACUAUUAUAAAAAGAAAUACAACAUCACCAUCACGGAUAUGAGCCAGCCCCUGUUAAUAUCGCGUUCGAAGCCUCGAGACGUCCGAGCGGGAAUGCCCGAGUUGGUCUUUCUGGUGCCGGAAUUGUGCCGACUGACCGGUCUUACUGAGGACAUGAGAGCCAAUUUCCAACUUAUGCGCAAUAUGGCCGUUCAUACUAAAAUAGGCCCCGAUCAGCGAAUCCAGAAAUUGCUCCACUUCAAUCGCAGGUUGACUCAGACUCCGGAGGUCGUACAGGAACUGGCGUCUUGGUCUUUGAAACUGUCCAAUGACUUGGUGCGUUUCAAAGGACGACAAUUGCCUCCCGAGGAUAUAAUCCAGGGAAAUAAUGUUAAAUAUCCGGCUGGAGAUUCUUUAGACGGUUGGACCAGGGAUAUGCGAUCGAAGCAGCUUCUUACUAUUGCUCAAGUACCUUCGUGGGUCGUGCUCACCCCGAGUCGGCAGCAACGAGAUGCGGAAGCUUUCGUGGAUCUCAUAAUGAGGACUGGCGGCGGAUGUGGAUUUAGACUGCCAAGGCCAGAAAUUGUGACAAUUCAACGAGACAGCAGUGGUGAUUACUCCAAUAUGUGCGAUACCAUUAUUGCCCGUAAAAAUCCAACUUUAAUGCUUAUCGUUUUGGCUAGAGCCGCUACUGACAAAUACAAGGCGAUAAAGAAAAAGUGCACCGUAGACCGCGCGGUUCCCUCGCAAGUUGUGUGCGCACGGAACAUGACAAGUAAAACUGCGAUGUCCAUUGCUACGAAGGUAGCAAUUCAAAUGAAUUGUAAGCUGGGUGGAGCACCGUGGACGGUUAAAAUCCCGCUCCCGAGUCUCAUGGUUAUCGGAUAUGAUGUUUGCCACGACGCGCGAUCCAAGGAGCGCUCGUAUGGAGCGUUUGUGGCCAGUCUCGACAAACCCAUGAGCCAAUACUUCUCAGCGGUUAAUGCACACACUUCGGGAGAGGAACUCUCGGCUCAUAUGAGCUUCAAUGUCGGCUCCGCCGUUAAGAGAUAUCGUGAGAGGAACGGUAUAUUACCCGGAAUGAUUAUAAUAUACCGUGACGGCGUUGGUGAAGGACAAAUUCCCUACGUCUCCAGCCACGAGGUUGCAGAAGUGAAGAAAGUGCUAACUGAAAUAUACGGAACUCCGCAAUUCAAGCUGGCGUUCAUUAUCGUAUCGAAACGCAUCAACACGCGUAUCUUCAUCGAGAGGAAUCGUUCUGGGGAUAAUCCCAGACCCGGAACUGUCAUUGACGACGUGGUUACAUUACCGGAACGUUACGACUUCUAUUUGGUAACUCAGUCAGUACGUGAGGGUACGAUCGCUCCAACCUCGUACAACAUCAUUGAAGAUACAAGUGGACUGUCUCCAGACAGGAUCCAGCUUCUGACGUACAAGCUGACUCACAUGUACUUCAACUGUUCCUCUCAAGUGCGAGUACCCUCAGUGUGCAAAUACGCCCACAAAUUGGCUUUCCUGACGGCUAACAGCUUACAUGAUCAGCCACACCAUUCGCUCAGUGAAUCUUUGUACUAUAUCUAAAGAGUAUUAAGGAAAAUACACAAAAGUAAAAAUAAGGCUAUUGAACAUGCAAUUACAACAUUGUAUACUUUUGUGUAUUUGAAUUCAGUUGAUUCUAAUAUUUAGAUUUUUAUAGUUAAAGCCGUGUCUGUUACCAUGGUUGUGAUUAUAUUUCCAUGUAAAUGUCGCAGCCAACUAGAUUAAUAAGCCGUUCAAUUGACAGCCUAGCCGUUUAACUAAACAGCGCCGUGUAAUUAGCAGCCUGAAAGAUAUUCAGCCAGUAGAUCAAACAGCUAGGGUAGACUUGAAUUGAUGACGUUUCAUUACUUACCUAACCUGUUGACUGAUAAUGGCGUCUGCAAACCACAACUUUGAUGGUGUUUUCAAAAUUUUAAUGAAAAACAAGUACAAUGGAUGAGGGUAGUGACAAAAAUUAUGUAAAUGUAGCGUGUGACUCAAGCAAUUUAGUUUUUAAAGCAAUAUUUUUUACAUCAGAUAUUUCACUUUAUUUGUGCGACAUUUCAGCCGGCCAGUUUAUAAUAUAUUGUUACAAACGCAACGGCUGAACAUCUUUCAGGCCGUUAGUUAAACGGCGCUGUUGAGAGGCUAAGCUAUUACUUGAACGGCUUAUUAAGUUGGCUGCGACAUAAUAACGUUAAUCAUCGAGCAAGACUAAGUCUCGCUACACUAGUAGUACUUACUUUUUUAGAUUUUUAGUAUGUUUGCAUGUUUGUUCGAAUCUCGUAGCUCGAAUAAAGUCAAACAAUUAACCAUUAAGAUAAGACGUGUCCAAUUACCUCGUUUAAUAUAUUUUUGUUAAAAUUCUUGAACAUGUUCAAAUGUUUUUAAAAGACAUUUUUUUUUUGGUUUCAUUAUUACUUAGUUUGUAAGUUAUAUAAUAUGCAGCGGAACUGUUAUUUUAUUUAGAGCCAGAUUUCAAAUUGACCAGAACUUGGUAACAAUAUUCGCAUAAGUAUUGACGUGAAAUCAUUUUUAGUUAACAAAGCUAAGCUAAGCUGAAAGAUAAACAACAGUUUGAGACUUGUUAACUUAUAGUAGGGCUAUUUGAACCUUUAUUAAUUAAAAUAUAUGUUUGAGAUCUUGGCCUAUGUUGUGAUAUUUGAUGAUGAUCAAUCUCUGUUAAAACUUCUGGCAGCUCAGUUGCUCAGACGGGAUUGUUCAUACAUACAUGUUUACUUGUACAUAGUAUUAGUCAUUUGUUGAUUUAAUUCUAAGUCUUGGUAAGUUAAAUCGCCUGCUGCCGAAAUCCCACCUCGAGCCAAACUUGGCAAGUGUCAUAUUGUUGCAUUUCCUAGAUGUUAACUAUGAUAAUGUAUAAGAUUUGUUUGAAGUUCCAACGUUUUUUAUCUUUUUCUAUUGAGAUGAGGGCUGGUAUACACUUGAGAGUUUUCUAAGCGGAAUGAUUGAUUCGAAGCAAUGCUUCAUAUUUUGGUACAUUAUUUUUUAAAGUAUUUUUUCAUUAAAUAUUCCCGCUGUCCUAUGGUUUGAUAACUGUAUCUUCAUAAAUAUAUAUAUACGAACGUUUGAUACAUUCGUUCAUUGAAUUAAUAUGUUAUCUAGCUAUAGAGGCGUGGGUACUUUCGUAAA